AUGGACAUUAGGAAAAGAUUAGAAAAGGCUGAUAGUCAUUCAACAGGGACAUUAGAAAAGGCCAACAGUCAUUCAACAUUGACAUUAGAAAAGGCCAAUAGUCAUUCAAUAUGGGCAUUAGCAAAGGCUGAUAGUCAUUCAACAUGGACAUUAGAAAAGGCUGAUAAUCAUUCAACAUGGACAUUAGAAAAGGCCAAUAGUCAUUCAACAUGGACAUUAGAAAAGGCUGAUAGACAUUCAACAGUGACAUUAGAAAAGGCCGAUAGGAGAUUAGAAAAGGCCAAUAGUCAUUCAACAUGGACAUUAGAAAAGGCUGAUAAUCAUUCAACAUGGAAAUUAGAAAAUGCUGAUAGUCAUUCAACAUGGACAUUAGAAAAGGCUGAUAGUCAUUCAACAUGGGCAUUAGCAAAGGCUGAUAGUCAUUCAACAUGGACAUUAGAAAAUGCUGAUAAUCAUUCAACAUGGACAUUAGAAAAUGCUGAUAGUCAUUCAACAUGGACAUACAUGUAUUGAAAUUCAGUCGGCACAACAGCGGUUUCGAAAUCUGAUGUCAAUAUAGCUGACGUCAAUGGCGUAAUGUAGGCUUUUUGCCAAUAAUAAUGUAUAGAGUUUGAUGGUAGAAGAAAUGGAUAUGACAUGAUUGUGUCUAUAUCACAAUCUAUAGUAUACAGGGCGAUUUAUAUAUGGUUUCAGAGACCUUUUAUUUCGUACUUGUUGUCAUGUUUUUUACUUAAUUAUUAACCUCCGGAUGGUUGUGGGUUUCCUCCGGGUUGCCCGGUUUUUACCAAUAAAGGUAUAAGUGAAAUAUUUUUGAGUAUGGCGUAAAUCUCCAAUCAAAAAGAAAAAAAUAGAUAAUGAAACCAAUAAAGCAGUACUUAAUUAUUACUGGCCUCUCCUUGGAAAAUUGCUUUAUUUCGCCAUUUCAUCCUGGUAUAUACUCGUCACACAAUAUGGCAUACAUAAUAUAAUACACAAUAAGUGUAUUUACAAGCGACAACAAUGCUGAUUUAAUUUAACUGUCCAUAUCGGCUUACUGACGCCCUAUCUGGGCCACAAGAAA